AUGACUUCGGCCGAGCGUCUUCAGAAGGUGCGUGGGACUGUCAGGGCCAGCGUCUCACGAAAUAUUACGCUCCUGACAGGGCUACUGCAGGACCCUGACACCGAGGCGCGCGAGGUCAACAGGCAAGUCGCCGUUUUGAAGGCUAAGGAAAUUGAACUCCGCCAGAUAGACAAGGACGUUCUCGACCUCACGGAAGAUGAAGCUAUUGAAGCCGAAGUCGAGGGUGCAACUGACUACCACGAUAAGAUUCUGUACGCGAUAGCUGACGCGCAGUUCUUCUUGUCUCAGCGAGAACAGUCGACUCAUCUCAGCGAACCGUCUAGGAGUCGACCCAAUGGCGACCGUGUAGCAGCCACCCAGAGCAACAUCGCAUCUGCUGAGGCACCGCAAGGACCAGUGAGUACGCCACGUUACCGGUCGGUCGCACUUCCGACGCUUCAAGUCCCGACGUAUGCCGGCGAUUUACGUCAGUGGCAAGAAUUCUGGGACCACUACAGCGCCACCAUUCACAAUAAUAUCGAACUGCCACCGAUCGAGAAAUUCAAGUAUUUACUGACAUACCUGAGGGGAGCAGCCAAGCGAGCGAUCGAAGGCAUCAGGCUGGCCGACACAACUACGACAUUGCUGUGA